AUGACCACUGCAGCGGCUGAACAAAAGAAGAUCAUCGAGCAACUGAUGGGCAAGGGCUCGCUAUCGUCGCAUCGUAACACUUACCGAGGCGAAAUGAAGCUAGAAGACCCCAGGAUAUGCAAGCCGUUUUUGGUCGGCGAGUGUUUAUAUGAUUUGUUCAAAGGUACCAAGCAGAGUCUUGGCAAGUGCCCCAAGAUGCAUUUGGCAAAACACAAGAUCCAAUACGAACGGGAUGUGAAGAACGGGGAAGAGUUCCUGGAUUUCGAGCGCGAGUACUACUCGAUCCUGUUGAAAUUUGUGAACGAUUGCAACGGGCAGGUUGCCAUUGCCCUGAAGAAACUGGAACACACACCAGAGGAAAGGGAAAGAAUCCAGCGGGUAACGGGUGAACUGGAAGUGUCGGACUCGCAGAUAGGGCUCAUGCUGCAGGAAAUAGAGGUGUUACUACAGAACAAUGAGCUCACGAAGGCCAUGGCGCAGUCCGUGAAGGUCCAGCAACUCCAGAAACAUCGUCAAGAGGUAGCAAAGCGCGUACGGGAUAUCGCCGAAAAUGUGGGCCAAAGUGCCCAACAGAAGCUACAGGUGUGUGAAAUCUGCGGCGCUUAUCUUUCAAGACUCGAUACCGACCGCAGACUUGCCGAUCAUUUCAUUGGCAAGAUACAUUUGGGCUACGUUACGAUACGACAAGAAUUUGAGCGCAUGAAACAGCGCUUCAAGAAUCGUGGCGAGGACGUGAGCGCAAUAAGCAGCCGCAGGCCGGCUUCAACGUACCAGGGACCGCCUCGCACCACCGCAAACUACAGAUCUUCCUAUCAGCCACGCUACAAGCCACGCACAUACCGCGCUCAUUGA